AUGAAGUUUUUACUAGCAGUUUUCUUUUUUGUCUCAUUCUCCUUGUGGGUUGAAGAAGUCUAUUCCAAAGAGAAGUCUUCAAAGAAAGGAAAGGGGAAAAAGAAGCAAUAUCUAUGUCCAUCCCAGCAAUCAGCUGAAGACCUUGCAAGAGUACCUGCUAAUUCUACCAGCAAUAUCUUGAAUAGGCUAUUGCUUAGCUAUGAUCCUAGGAUAAGGCCUAAUUUCAAAGGAAUUCCAGUCGAUGUUGCAGUCAAUAUCUUCAUUAACAGCUUUGGGUCAAUUCAAGAGACAACUAUGGAUUAUAGAGUCAACAUCUUUCUAAGACAGAAGUGGAAUGACCCCAGACUCAAACUGCCCAAUGAUUGGAGAGGUUCAGAUACACUGACAGUGGACCCAACUAUGUUUAAAUGUCUUUGGAAGCCAGAUUUAUUCUUUGCAAAUGAAAAAAAUGCUAACUUCCAUGAUGUCACACAAGAAAAUAUCCUUCUUUUUAUAUUCCGGGAUGGAGAUGUCCUAGUCAGCAUGAGAUUGUCUAUUACUCUGUCAUGCCCUUUGGAUUUGACCUUGUUUCCUAUGGAUACACAACGCUGCAAGAUGCAACUGGAAAGCUUUGGUUACACAACUGAUGACUUACGGUUUAUCUGGCAAUCUGGAGAUCCUGUACAGCUAGAGAAAAUUGCUCUGCCUCAGUUUGAUAUUAAAAAGGAAGAUAUUGAAUAUGGUAAUUGUACCAAGUAUUAUAAAGGCACAGGUUAUUACACUUGUGUAGAAGUAAUCUUCACUUUAAGAAGACAAGUUGGAUUUUACAUGAUGGGUGUUUAUGCUCCUACACUGCUAAUUGUUGUUCUGUCCUGGCUGUCAUUUUGGAUCAAUCCUGAUGCAAGUGCUGCAAGAGUCCCACUGGGUAUUUUCUCAGUGCUCAGCUUGGCAUCUGAAUGUACCACUCUUGCUGCUGAACUUCCCAAAGUGUCUUACGUGAAGGCCUUAGAUGUCUGGCUGAUUGUUUGCCUUCUCUUUGGGUUUGCAUCCCUGGUAGAGUAUGCGGUGGUCCAGGUAAUGCUAAACAAUCCAAAGAGAAUUGAAGCUGAAAAAGCAAAGAUUGCCAAGGCAGAGCAAGUGGAAGGGAAGGGUGGAAAUGCUGCCAAGAAGAACACCGUGAAUGGCACAGGGACCCCGGUCCACAUCAGCACUUUACAGGUUGGUGAGACCAGAUGCAAAAAAGUUUGCACUUCGAAAUCUGAUCUAAGAUCCAAUGAUUUCAGCAUUGUUGGAAGCUUGCCAAGGGAUUUUGAAUUGUCGAAUUAUGACUGUUAUGGGAAGCCCAUUGAAGUCAACAAUGGGCUUGGGAAAUCUCAAGCCAAGAACAAUAAGAAGCCUCCUCCUCCCAAGCCUGUUAUUCCAUCAGCAGCAAAGAGAAUUGACCUUUAUGCAAGAGCACUGUUCCCUUUUUGCUUCUUGUUCUUCAACGUCAUAUACUGGUCCAUAUAUUUAUGA